AUGGCGUCGGAGCAGAAGCGAAGGGCGCGUAUUAAGGACAAGAUGAAGUCUCUGCGCAUGCUCGUGCCGCACGUCGAAGGUGCUAAUACCGCGGAUUUCCUUAACGAAGUUUACGAUUACAUCGUCACGCUGCGACGUCGUGCGGACCCCCAUGAUCCAACUGACACCUGUCACCACCCGGUCGGCACCAUUCCCUGCCUCGACCUUAACGCGUCAGCCUCUACCGAAUCUAAAGAGGGCGACCGCGAAACCCGGCGGUGCUCCAUGCCCUCCGUGUGUGCCGCCGCCGCUCCCGCUGUCGCAGGUUCGGACGCCUCGGCGCGUAAAGUAGCCAGCGGCGCCAAGUGCGAGACCGGGAAUACGUCCUCCCGCGGCGUGAGCAGCGGCGCGGAGGAGGUGGCUUGGAGCCGCUGCGGGUUGAAGCGGUCCCGCGAUUGCCGCAGCGACGAGGAGGGCGAAGUACAGUCGGACGAGCAGAGCAAGUCGGACCCUGCGCACGCGCACGCGCUCGAGCAGUGGCGGCAGCAGCAGCAGCAGGACUCCCCGCAGAAACAGGAGUCUUCGGCGGAAUACAGGCGCGUUGAUGACGUAGAGGAGGAUGUAGAUGAGGAAGGCGAGGACGACGAGGAGGAGGGGGAAAUAGAGACGGAGGAGGAGGAAGAGAUGGAGGAGAGCGAGGAGGGAAAUGAGAGGGGGGAAAAGGAUAUGGACGAGCGUCAGGGGGGAGAAGCAGAGGGGGAGCGACAGAGUCGGCAGAUGGCAGCGGCUGUCACGGGCUCGCCUAGCCACGUGGAGCAGGGCUCAAGAGAAAGCCGACGCGUUUUGGUGGAUGGGACGGUCGGUGAGGAGACUGGCGGAGACGCUCGCGCGUCGGAAGCAGCUACGUCGAAGCAGCCUCUGCGGAGCACUCUUCGUUCGCUUCGUGGUGAAAACGCGGCUGCGGCGCACGGUGCUCCCGCCGCUCCCACCUCCUCGGCGGACGGGCCAGUGUCAGGGAAACAGGAAUCGGCGGGAGGCGGUAGUGAGAGUCAGGGUGUGGAUGCAGCUGCUGUUGCUGCUGGUGCAGAGUCGGAUGAGGCGGGUGUUGUUCGCCGACCGUUCGCGAAACAGGCGGAACAGCGGUCGCACGAUUCUCCUCCGGUUCAGUCGCAGCAGCAGCAGCAGCAGGAGCAGCAGCAGGAUCAGCAGGAAAAGCAGGAGCAGCUGCCGCCGAUUACAGCGAGUAGCGGUGUGAAGAACGAAGAGCGUAAGCCGCUUACCCCAAAGACUGCGUCGAAGUCAGGUCUAGGCGCAAACCAGCAGCAUUUGAAGAAGCCAGCGUCGCCGUCUGUCUCGCCACCCAUGGUCACCAUUGGCCGGUCCUUCCAGCGCUCCGCCUUCUCCCCCGCCACAAGCGGAGCAUUUUCUCCGCCUGUUGUCGUACCCGCGCCUCAUUUGGCUUCGUCUCCGCUCCACCCAGUUCCGCGUGUCCUUCCUUUCACCGUCCCGCCCGCACCUUCCGCCACCCCCGCCACUGCCGCCGCUGCAGCCGCCGCCGCUGCGGCUGCCGCCGUCGCAGUCUCUGGUGCCUGCAGCGCUCUCCCCCCGCCGAGUCACCACUCUCCGCCCAUCCUGUCUACGCUCCUUCCCGCCCCGCGACGCCUUGCGCCUGCGCCGCCCGCGCUGGCGGGGAUGUCCAGUGCUGCGCUUUCCGCCGCGCUUGCCAAGCCCCGCCCCAUUGCGCCGAACAACAAAGACAGGGCUGACGGGGGGAGUGUUGCGCCCUCCGCGCGCAUGUAUGCGCCAGUGCCGUGUGGCGGGCAGAAGGCGCAGGCUGCUGGUGGUGUAGGUGAUAUGCACUGCCCAACCCAAAAACACAGGAAGCCCCGUGAAAUCCAGCCAGCGCCGCCCUCCCACGCCCGCCCGCGCUCCUACGCCCCCAUGAAGCCGCUACAGAAUCUCCAGAUGAAGCUACCGCUCCCGCCUGCCGUCCCCGUGCCUCCAAGCCUGCUUCUGCGCUCCCUCCUGGCAAGCGCCGCCGCCGCUCUGCUAGCAGCACAGCAGAACCAGCAACUCGCACCACCUCACAGAUGGUGUUCCGGCCGAUUGCCAUGA